UUGCAUUUGCUCUUCCAUUUCGCUUUCAUCUUAUUCAUAAUCAAGUAGCAGGACUACAUUCUUUCCCAUCUCAUACGAUGCUUCGCCACACUCUUUUCAUUCUCUUUGCUCUCCUCUUCGCCCACCUCUGUGAGGGGCAAAGGCUCGCUACGCGUAUUGAUGAUGAUGGGCAUACCAUUGUCAUCACCGGUCCCAAUGGGUUCCAGGGUACCAGCGCUCUGCCUAGCGACUGGACUACGUCUGGGUACACCUUCAGGACUUCUGCCAAAGCUCAGACCACUACAUCCGCUUCUAGCGCGGUUGCGACAAGCUUCAACAGCAUCAACAAAGAUGCGAAAUGGGUCAACUCUACCGACUCUGACAAUAGCACGGAUAGCGCCUCUCAAAGCUUCGACGAGUCUACCUCUACUACCGCCACUGCGACUAACACCAUCAACGUGAUUGGUGCCGCCUCUGCCAAGUCCACUACCGCCUCUUUCGCUCAAUCUAGCGCGUCUUCCGCUUCGGCUUCUCAAUCUGAGAGUGCUGGCAUCAAGCUCGCAGUCCAGUCCCAUACUUCUGCCUUGAUCACUGCGAUGGUGGUAAUGAGUGUGGUGUGCAUGUCGACUUCUCUGGUUAUCUGAUGUGUUGAUUGUCUGGCCGUGUCUGUGGAAAGAGGGUGGGAGAGAGUUAGCGUUAUGUAGAGUCUGGUACUCGUGACCGGGCGACAGCUAGUCUGUCAAGUUUCGGUAUAGACAUAUAAUCAUCACAUUAGCAAGUAUAUUUCGCGGUGUGUCUGUUGUUGAACGAUGUAUAUAAGAAUUACUCACCG